UCCAACACAAGCCAUGUACAUUUAAUUAAUGUUGAAAGAAGUCAUUUACUGCCUCUUUAAGCACCUUCUUUGGGGUUUAGUUCACAUAAUAACACAUUUUCAUCUUUUAAUUAGGAGGUACCAGAGACAUCUGGCAAUGACACCAGUUCAAGAGAAAUAGAACUGAGUGUCAACAUUAAUCAACAGGCUCCUAUUUACUUGGAUGAUAAGGAGGACGAUACAUAUGAAUUUGUAGAAACAUACCCGGCGCCUUGGAAAUAUGUCAAACUUCUAAAGGCUUUAGGAGAGGGCCGGUAUGGUGUUCUUCAUAAGGGAUGGCAUCUUGUUCGAAACCGACAGGUGACCAUUGAAAUAAUGAAGGACAUGCAGGAUGAAGAGAAAAUCCUUCAGGAAAUAGAAAUUUUAGAGAUGGUUUAUGGUCAUGAUAAUAUUAUCAAAUUUCAUGGCGCAUAUUACCAUAAGGCUUCUAGGAGGACAACAACAAAUACAGGACUAUGGAUUGCUAUGGAAAUGUGUGCCGGAGGAUCUGUAUAUGACCUAAUGGGCACCAAGAAGCAAUAUUCCCUAGGAGAAAGGUGGAUUUCUUAUAUUUGCAGAGAGGUGUUACAGGGCCUUUGUCAUCUGCAAAAACUCAAAAUUAUCCAUCACGAUCUAAAACCUGAAAAUCUGAUGCUUACGAAAUAUGGAGAUGUAAAAAUAGUUAAUUUCGAACAUGCAACAAUAGGAGAAAAGAGCGAUAGCAGCGCUGGAACAGUAUGCUACAUGGCACCAGAAGCACUUGGCUGCUUGCGUAAGAGUGCCGAGUAUGACUAUAAGGCCGAUAUAUGGUCUUUGGGGAUCACAGCCAUCGCUAUGGCACAAGGAUAUCCCCCAUACAGCAACGAACAGGAAAAGAGAGUGAUCAAAAAGAUCAUUUUUGGUCCAGCUCCAGUACUAACAUGGGACAGAUGGAGUGACACUUUCCACUCUUUUGUUGACAAAUGCCUGCAAAAAAAUCCUAACAAGAGACCAACUGCAGAGAAGCUUUUGUUACAUCCCUUCAUCACAGAUAUCGGUGAUGUAAAGGGUGUAAAAUGGUGCAUUUCAAAACAUCUGGAAAUGACACAAGCAUCACAGCUAUAAAGAAGAAAUGAAAAAUCGAAUUUGAUGAUGAAAACGUCAACAUCGGAAACAGAACAAGAAAUCAGGGCAGCCAUCGGGGGAGGGACGGGGGCACAACGUUAGGGGCCCCAGAUGUUAAACGUCUACUGGGCCCCAUUAAGAAAUGUUGGUUCCGAUGGCUGCCCUGCACGAA